AUGUCAGAAAUUAACGUACAAGUACGUGUGGGAACGAAUCAUAUUUUUAAUACAAAAGUGUACAUAGAUUUAAAUGAUACCGUUCUUUCAUUGAAGAAGGCAAUUUGUAAAAUUAAAGAACAAAUAGUUUUGAAUCGUAUGACACUCAUGUAUUGCGGGAUCAUUUUGGAAGACUCUCAACCUUUACACACGUAUGAGCUAUUCUCAGGAUGCACGGUGUUCGUGUUUCAAAAAAUUAAGACCGAAAGAAAGGCAACUUUUGAACCGAUUAAUGAUGUCACUAUAGGAAAGCUUGCCAGAGGCUUUCGUUCGCUUUUGUUGAAUUCAGAAUACAGAAAUUCACUGUCAAGACUUUGUAGACCUGAAGUGAUUCAUAUUUUGUUGCACAACAAUCCUGGCCUAGUUGAGGAUCCGAUUGCACUUACUCUUUUUCAACAUCCUGAGUUAUUAAUGAAGAUCACUGAUUAUGAAACUAUAAAAAACUUGGCACAAAAUCAUCCUGCUUUGGCGUCGAUUAUCCUUCAUGUUACUGAAACUGCACAAAAUAAACUGUUGCAGGUAAUUUUAUUGAAAAAUGUAGCCAACUAUUAUUAUAUUAAUUUAAAUGUAUGUUUUAAAUUGUGUAUUAGAACCAAAUGAGCGAAGACAUAGUGGGGACGGAAAACAAUCCUGUUAGUAACACAAGUGAUGAAGACGAUGAUCUAGAUGAUUCUAAUCUUCCAGGUCAGAGCAAUGGUCAUCCUUACUCCAAUGUAGUUUUAGGAGAAAUCCAGAGAGAAAUCACUGCUGCCCAGUUAGCAUCAGCUAUAGCGAAUGCUACAGCACAACAAUCUCAACCAAGUACCAGUGGAGCAAGUACUUCAACUGGAAGUACAGGAAAUGCUAUUGAGAAUGCACAAAGUCCAACUACAACCGAGCUUAUUUUACCGACUCAAUUACAAAUAAUGAGAGACAUGGGUUUGACUAAUGAAGCUGUAAACAUUGCAGCAUUACGAAUUAGUAAUGAUUUGGAAACUGCUAUUGAUUUGGUAUUAAGCGGUUUCACAAAUCCAUAA